GGUAAUGUGACAUAAUAAUCCUUAGUAGACGUGAUCAAUAUCUCCUAAUUUUGAUAUCAGGGAUUCAACGGUUUGCUAUAAAUACAUUGUUCUCUCUACUUUUGGCCUGGCGCCGUAUAAUUUUGUGGGAUACAAUUCAAGAUGGAGGGACGUCCAAUUUCGGAUCUUAAGGUUGCCGAGCUUCGCAAGGAGUUGGAGAAGCGCAACAAAGAUAAAACCGGUGUUAAACAGGUUUUGCUGGAUCGUCUUAAAGAGACUUUAGAAAAGGAUGGUCACGAUCCUCAAACCUAUCGUUUCAGAGAUGAUGAUAGUGUUAAAACUGACCUAGAGAUAUCGGAUCAUUCGCCUGUAAAUGGUGAUGGACUAGGAUCUGAGAAAGUUGGACCCAUCACGAAAAGACGAAGUUCGUCAGAUGACGUAUUGAGUGAUGAAUAUAUUAUCAGUGAACAUCCAUUGCAGAAAAAAAUUACAGAGGAAACUGUCCCAUACGUUGUUCAAGUGGGUGAGCAAGAGGAAGAUUUAGAUUAUGAUUUGAAAUAUGGGAACAAUGACGUAUCCGAAGUCGCAGGCGAUAGCAAAGAUACCCAAGUCAAAGAUGAAGAACUUGACAAACAUGAAAAUAAACCAGAAAGUUCAGUUACUACCCACCAGAUUAGUGAAAGCUGUAGAAAUUUGUGGAUAAGUAACUUACCGAAAUUGGUGAAAGCUGCAGAUUUAAAGCAACAUUUUAGCAAGGCGGGGAAGGUAGUAUCAGCUACUGUGGUUAUGAGCACCCGCACACCUGGAGGUUGCUUUGGAUUUAUACAGAUGGCUUCUGCUGAAGAGGCAGCAUCUGCUGCUAGAGCCUAUGAUUUAACAGAGUUUGGAGGAUGCAUACUGCGGGUUGAAGCUACAGAGAGAAAAGCACCAAUUCAAUCAAACAAAGCAAAUGAUCGAGUAGCUGGAUUAAACAAAUUAAAAACUAUUAUGCCUGAUUCUCGACGGACGGUAUCCAGACCGUUGGUAUCUCGAAGACGUUAUAUUGCCAACAGACAGCGAUUGUUGCGUCGUGCUGCCAUUAGAACUGCUAUUUUGAGGGAACAACGGAAAAGGUCCGAAUAUUUAUCCGCCAAUAAUCGUCCACAUUCCAUUAAGAAAACUCCUAUCAGAAGACCUUUAUACCAGUUUACUAGACCAAAUUAUAGAAUGUCAAAGGAUAGUUUGCGUUCACGAGGCGGUCUGGCUCUUGCAUCUAAACAUAAAAGUAUUUCACAGCGACAAAGCUCUUCACGGAUCAACACCAAUCAUGGAACGCAGUCGCUGUUACAAAGAAGAUUAAAUUAUACCGUCAAUCGAAGGCUGCGUGAGCCAAUUCGUAUUCACAAAAGUGCCAGUGUUUCACAUCGAUCGUCCAAAUCAUUUUUGCCUAGAGUACACAGAAGUUCAAAUAUAUGUCCAGAAAACCAUCGAAGCUGUCUUUCUCCACCUUCCCGUUUAAUCCCUUUGGAUACACUCACUUCAAAACGGAACCCAACCUUUCGCACUAAUCGUCCUGUAGAAAGAGAUAUACGUGAACCCUAUCGCCCUGUUUUGCCAGAACGAAAGUAUCAUCCUCAGUCACCUGGUCGAUCACAUGAAUCAAGUCGGUAUGCACGAAACACUCAAUCAUCAGUCUAUACAGGAAGAAACACUGCUAAAUCAGUAUACGAUAGUCGUUCUCGUCAAAGUCACUUGAUGACUCGUUCUGAACCGCGCUAUACGAAUUACAGCAAUUUUGAUAGUCGAAAAAUGGCCGUAGCCUCUCGUACAGAUAUGUAUUCUGAAGAACGUUAUCGAACUCACGAUAGUCAUCUAUCUGAAGUACGCAGAAGUCAAUUAAGGUCAAACCCCCCUACUUCACGAAUGAGAGUUGAGGAGAGUAAACGAGAGUACCGUGCAGUUAGUAGAAGCCCACCAAGGUCAAGAGAUUCUACAAUGAUGCGCCCGUACCCAGUUUCUCUCAAUUUCAAUCGCCAUCGCACGGAAACCAGUCAUCGUGGCCGCAGUCCACUGAUGUUACAGUCUACACCACACAGACCCGAAAUCGUGGAGUAUGAACACCGUUCAGAGCCAAGAACGAAUUGGCAAACUGAAAGACGUUCCAAAGUUUUCUCAUCUCCAUCACAGUCGUGGAGGCCGGCAAACAAUGCAUUUUUCCUAUCUCCUACAUAUGAAAAUCGAAAUACAGGUCGCCGAUACCAAUAACACUUAUUGCUUAUUAUAUGUAUAUGAAUAUGUUAUAUUCAAAUUUGACAAGCAAUUCUCUACUUAUAUCAAUUACAUUUAGCAAGUGUAUUAAUUGUGCGAAAAUUUUUAUCCAUGAAGGUUGUCGAUCUGCAUUCAUUCAUAUAAAGCAUUUUCUUUAGAAAUGUUUUAACUUUGAUCCUUCACAUCGUAAUUGAGCUAUUUAUUAAUCUACUAUCCCAAUCUAGCUAUACGAUGCCCGAUGGUAUUUAAAAGAUUUGCAAAUUAUUAAGCAAAAUCAUAUUUGUAGAAAACUCGAUGAAAUAAGCAUUCAAAAAAACUGGUCACCAAUAAACGUCUGAACCGAGUAUAAUCGAGUGACAACAUCCUAUUGCAUAAACGAAAAAUUAAGGAUAAAUAUAAACCAUUGGAUCCCAAAUAAUACGUAAAACCUGCAAAAAAUUUUACUUCAGUAAAUUUUGUUAGCACCGUUGUGGUUUAGUGUCUGAGAAGUGAUGUGUUCUCAUUGGAGCUAGGAAUGCAUUGUGAGGGUUAAUAAUGAGUGUUUGGAGUAUGUAUGCACUUGAGUGUGUGUUGGUAAUUGUGAGAUUUUGUGGGAAGGUGGGUGGAUGAGUGUGAAUUGAUAAGGCGGGACAGCGAUAUACUGGUGUGCGUGAAAGUUUGUCUUUAUUUACAAACAAACCAAUAAGUAAUAUUGGUGAUGUGAUUGCGAUUAGUGUAGUUAGAGUUUCGAUUGUUAAAUGAGGUGUGGAUGUUUACAUGUUUGUCAGUGUAUCGGAUGGUGUUGUUGUUGGUGUUUGAGUAAGAACCCUUGUUGAUCCGUCCUGGAGAUGUCUAGUUUUCAGGAAGCCAACGACGAAGGGGAAAUGUUUUCUGGUCUCUUCGGUGAACCAGGAUUGUACUGGUUCUUACUUAGCACCAGGUAGAUGUGUUUAUUGUGAGUGUGACGAAUGAUGUCUAGUAUUGGUUUGUGUUGGGACGUGUGUUGAACUGUGUUGAUUGUUUAUAGCUUAGGGAUGACUUGUACUGUGAUGUUGGUCGUAUGUCUGUUGAUGAUCAGGUGGUUUUGUGUGUGUGUGUGUGUGUGGUGGUGGUGUAGUUGUUGUUAUUGAUCUGUUUGCCUGUUUGUGUUUGUAUGGUAGGGAAUAGUGUUGUUGGUUUUGUUGAUUUUGAAUAUGGUUGGACUGGGAUCAUUGGGUUGGGGUGUUUGUUUGUUAGUGUAGUUGACGACUCAUUUAUUCUGUGUUUGUAACUUUCAGUGUUUCACUUUGUUUGUCAAUGGUAUUGAUUAUUCUAUUGGCGUGUUUGUGUGUAUGUGUGUGUGUGUGUGGUGGGGUGUGUAGUUUGGUUAUAUUUGUGAGUGAUUGUGGGAGGUAUUUCUGAGAUGUGUUCUGUUGAGCGUGAGGCGUGCUGAUGAGCUUGUUGACAUGCUGAGGGAAUUAGGUGAGUGAUUGUAGUGAGAUGUGUGAUUUCUGUUCGAGCUGUUCGAGCUGGAUCGACUGAUGAUGUAUAGUGUGUUGUUCAGCUGGGAGACGGACGGUGUGUGUGGUGAUAGUGUAAGUGUGCGUGUAGAACGUUAAUGAGUAAAUUAGUUUAGUGUUGAAUUUGUGUGGUUUGAUGUGGGGUUACGGUUUGUGGUAAUCUCUGAGUAAUGAAAAUUCUGUUCAUAGUUUGUUGUAAUGUGUGUUGAUGGUUUGACGGUAGUGGUGUGUGUGUUUUUGUGAGAGUUUAUAUUUGAAUGAAGUGAAGUAUUUCAGUAAAUUUUGUUGGCACCGUUGUGGUUUAGUGUCUGAGAAGUGAUGUGUUCUCAUUGGAGCUAGGAAUGCAUUGUGAGGGUUAAUAAUGAGUGUUUGGAGUAUGUAUGCACUUGAGUGUGUGUUGGUAAUUGUGAGAUUUUGUGGGAAGGUGGGUGGAUGAGUGUGAAUUGAUAAGGCGGGACAGCGAUAUACUGGUGUGCGUGAAAGUUUGUCUUUAUUUACAAACAAACCAAUAAGUAAUAUUGGUGAUGUGAUUGCGAUUAGUGUAGUUAGAGUUUCGAUUGUUAAAUGAGGUGUGGAUGUUUACAUGUUUGUCAGUGUAUCGGAUGGUGUUGUUGUUGGUGUUUGAGUAAGAACCCUUGUUGAUCCGUCCUGGAGAUGUCUAGUUUUCAGGAAGCCAACGACGAAGGGGAAAUGUUUUCUGGUCUCUUCGGUGAACCAGGAUUGUACUGGUUCUUACUUAGCACCAGGUAGAUGUGUUUAUUGUGAGUGUGACGAAUGAUGUCUAGUAUUGGUUUGUGUUGGGACGUGUGUUGAACUGUGUUGAUUGUUUAUAGCUUAGGGAUGACUUGUACUGUGAUGUUGGUCGUAUGUCUGUUGAUGAUCAGGUGGUUUUGUGUGUGUGUGUGUGUGUGGUGGUGGUGUAGUUGUUGUUAUUGAUCUGUUUGCCUGUUUGUGUUUGUAUGGUAGGGAAUAGUGUUGUUGGUUUUGUUGAUUUUGAAUAUGGUUGGACUGGGAUCAUUGGGUUGGGGUGUUUGUUUGUUAGUGUAGUUGACGACUCAUUUAUUCUGUGUUUGUAACUUUCAGUGUUUCACUUUGUUUGUCAAUGGUAUUGAUUAUUCUAUUGGCGUGUUUGUGUGUAUGUGUGUGUGUGUGUGGUGGGGUGUGUAGUUUGGUUAUAUUUGUGAGUGAUUGUGGGAGGUAUUUCUGAGAUGUGUUCUGUUGAGCGUGAGGCGUGCUGAUGAGCUUGUUGACAUGCUGAGGGAAUUAGGUGAGUGAUUGUAGUGAGAUGUGUGAUUUCUGUUCGAGCUGUUCGAGCUGGAUCGACUGAUGAUGUAUAGUGUGUUGUUCAGCUGGGAGACGGACGGUGUGUGUGGUGAUAGUGUAAGUGUGCGUGUAGAACGUUAAUGAGUAAAUUAGUUUAGUGUUGAAUUUGUGUGGUUUGAUGUGGGGUUACGGUUUGUGGUAAUCUCUGAGUAAUGAAAAUUCUGUUCAUAGUUUGUUGUAAUGUGUGUUGAUGGUUUGACGGUAGUGGUGUGUGUGUUUUUGUGAGAGUUUAUAUUUGAAUGAAGUGAAGUAUUUCAGUAAAUUUUGUUGGCACCGUUGUGGUUUAGUGUCUGAGAAGUGAUGUGUUCUCAUUGGAGCUAGGAAUGCAUUGUGAGGGUUAAUAAUGAGUGUUUGGAGUAUGUAUGCACUUGAGUGUGUGUUGGUAAUUGUGAGAUUUUGUGGGAAGGUGGGUGGAUGAGUGUGAAUUGAUAAGGCGGGACAGCGAUAUACUGGUGUGCGUGAAAGUUUGUCUUUAUUUACAAACAAACCAAUAAGUAAUAUUGGUGAUGUGAUUGCGAUUAGUGUAGUUAGAGUUUCGAUUGUUAAAUGAGGUGUGGAUGUUUACAUGUUUGUCAGUGUAUCGGAUGGUGUUGUUGUUGGUGUUUGAGUAAGAACCCUUGUUGAUCCGUCCUGGAGAUGUCUAGUUUUCAGGAAGCCAACGACGAAGGGGAAAUGUUUUCUGGUCUCUUCGGUGAACCAGGAUUGUACUGGUUCUUACUUAGCACCAGGUAGAUGUGUUUAUUGUGAGUGUGACGAAUGAUGUCUAGUAUUGGUUUGUGUUGGGACGUGUGUUGAACUGUGUUGAUUGUUUAUAGCUUAGGGAUGACUUGUACUGUGAUGUUGGUCGUAUGUCUGUUGAUGAUCAGGUGGUUUUGUGUGUGUGUGUGUGUGUGGUGGUGGUGUAGUUGUUGUUAUUGAUCUGUUUGCCUGUUUGUGUUUGUAUGGUAGGGAAUAGUGUUGUUGGUUUUGUUGAUUUUGAAUAUGGUUGGACUGGGAUCAUUGGGUUGGGGUGUUUGUUUGUUAGUGUAGUUGACGACUCAUUUAUUCUGUGUUUGUAACUUUCAGUGUUUCACUUUGUUUGUCAAUGGUAUUGAUUAUUCUAUUGGCGUGUUUGUGUGUAUGUGUGUGUGUGUGUGGUGGGGUGUGUAGUUUGGUUAUAUUUGUGAGUGAUUGUGGGAGGUAUUUCUGAGAUGUGUUCUGUUGAGCGUGAGGCGUGCUGAUGAGCUUGUUGACAUGCUGAGGGAAUUAGGUGAGUGAUUGUAGUGAGAUGUGUGAUUUCUGUUCGAGCUGUUCGAGCUGGAUCGACUGAUGAUGUAUAGUGUGUUGUUCAGCUGGGAGACGGACGGUGUGUGUGGUGAUAGUGUAAGUGUGCGUGUAGAACGUUAAUGAGUAAAUUAGUUUAGUGUUGAAUUUGUGUGGUUUGAUGUGGGGUUACGGUUUGUGGUAAUCUCUGAGUAAUGAAAAUUCUGUUCAUAGUUUGUUGUAAUGUGUGUUGAUGGUUUGACGGUAGUGGUGUGUGUGUUUUUGUGAGAGUUUAUAUUUGAAUGAAGUGAAGUAUUUCAGUAAAUUUUGUUGGCACCGUUGUGGUUUAGUGUCUGAGAAGUGAUGUGUUCUCAUUGGAGCUAGGAAUGCAUUGUGAGGGUUAAUAAUGAGUGUUUGGAGUAUGUAUGCACUUGAGUGUGUGUUGGUAAUUGUGAGAUUUUGUGGGAAGGUGGGUGGAUGAGUGUGAAUUGAUAAGGCGGGACAGCGAUAUACUGGUGUGCGUGAAAGUUUGUCUUUAUUUACAAACAAACCAAUAAGUAAUAUUGGUGAUGUGAUUGCGAUUAGUGUAGUUAGAGUUUCGAUUGUUAAAUGAGGUGUGGAUGUUUACAUGUUUGUCAGUGUAUCGGAUGGUGUUGUUGUUGGUGUUUGAGUAAGAACCCUUGUUGAUCCGUCCUGGAGAUGUCUAGUUUUCAGGAAGCCAACGACGAAGGGGAAAUGUUUUCUGGUCUCUUCGGUGAACCAGGAUUGUACUGGUUCUUACUUAGCACCAGGUAGAUGUGUUUAUUGUGAGUGUGACGAAUGAUGUCUAGUAUUGGUUUGUGUUGGGACGUGUGUUGAACUGUGUUGAUUGUUUAUAGCUUAGGGAUGACUUGUACUGUGAUGUUGGUCGUAUGUCUGUUGAUGAUCAGGUGGUUUUGUGUGUGUGUGUGUGUGUGGUGGUGGUGUAGUUGUUGUUAUUGAUCUGUUUGCCUGUUUGUGUUUGUAUGGUAGGGAAUAGUGUUGUUGGUUUUGUUGAUUUUGAAUAUGGUUGGACUGGGAUCAUUGGGUUGGGGUGUUUGUUUGUUAGUGUAGUUGACGACUCAUUUAUUCUGUGUUUGUAACUUUCAGUGUUUCACUUUGUUUGUCAAUGGUAUUGAUUAUUCUAUUGGCGUGUUUGUGUGUAUGUGUGUGUGUGUGUGGUGGGGUGUGUAGUUUGGUUAUAUUUGUGAGUGAUUGUGGGAGGUAUUUCUGAGAUGUGUUCUGUUGAGCGUGAGGCGUGCUGAUGAGCUUGUUGACAUGCUGAGGGAAUUAGGUGAGUGAUUGUAGUGAGAUGUGUGAUUUCUGUUCGAGCUGUUCGAGCUGGAUCGACUGAUGAUGUAUAGUGUGUUGUUCAGCUGGGAGACGGACGGUGUGUGUGGUGAUAGUGUAAGUGUGCGUGUAGAACGUUAAUGAGUAAAUUAGUUUAGUGUUGAAUUUGUGUGGUUUGAUGUGGGGUUACGGUUUGUGGUAAUCUCUGAGUAAUGAAAAUUCUGUUCAUAGUUUGUUGUAAUGUGUGUUGAUGGUUUGACGGUAGUGGUGUGUGUGUUUUUGUGAGAGUUUAUAUUUGAAUGAAGUGAAGUAUUUCAGUAAAUUUUGUUGGCACCGUUGUGGUUUAGUGUCUGAGAAGUGAUGUGUUCUCAUUGGAGCUAGGAAUGCAUUGUGAGGGUUAAUAAUGAGUGUUUGGAGUAUGUAUGCACUUGAGUGUGUGUUGGUAAUUGUGAGAUUUUGUGGGAAGGUGGGUGGAUGAGUGUGAAUUGAUAAGGCGGGACAGCGAUAUACUGGUGUGCGUGAAAGUUUGUCUUUAUUUACAAACAAACCAAUAAGUAAUAUUGGUGAUGUGAUUGCGAUUAGUGUAGUUAGAGUUUCGAUUGUUAAAUGAGGUGUGGAUGUUUACAUGUUUGUCAGUGUAUCGGAUGGUGUUGUUGUUGGUGUUUGAGUAAGAACCCUUGUUGAUCCGUCCUGGAGAUGUCUAGUUUUCAGGAAGCCAACGACGAAGGGGAAAUGUUUUCUGGUCUCUUCGGUGAACCAGGAUUGUACUGGUUCUUACUUAGCACCAGGUAGAUGUGUUUAUUGUGAGUGUGACGAAUGAUGUCUAGUAUUGGUUUGUGUUGGGACGUGUGUUGAACUGUGUUGAUUGUUUAUAGCUUAGGGAUGACUUGUACUGUGAUGUUGGUCGUAUGUCUGUUGAUGAUCAGGUGGUUUUGUGUGUGUGUGUGUGUGUGGUGGUGGUGUAGUUGUUGUUAUUGAUCUGUUUGCCUGUUUGUGUUUGUAUGGUAGGGAAUAGUGUUGUUGGUUUUGUUGAUUUUGAAUAUGGUUGGACUGGGAUCAUUGGGUUGGGGUGUUUGUUUGUUAGUGUAGUUGACGACUCAUUUAUUCUGUGUUUGUAACUUUCAGUGUUUCACUUUGUUUGUCAAUGGUAUUGAUUAUUCUAUUGGCGUGUUUGUGUGUAUGUGUGUGUGUGUGUGGUGGGGUGUGUAGUUUGGUUAUAUUUGUGAGUGAUUGUGGGAGGUAUUUCUGAGAUGUGUUCUGUUGAGCGUGAGGCGUGCUGAUGAGCUUGUUGACAUGCUGAGGGAAUUAGGUGAGUGAUUGUAGUGAGAUGUGUGAUUUCUGUUCGAGCUGUUCGAGCUGGAUCGACUGAUGAUGUAUAGUGUGUUGUUCAGCUGGGAGACGGACGGUGUGUGUGGUGAUAGUGUAAGUGUGCGUGUAGAACGUUAAUGAGUAAAUUAGUUUAGUGUUGAAUUUGUGUGGUUUGAUGUGGGGUUACGGUUUGUGGUAAUCUCUGAGUAAUGAAAAUUCUGUUCAUAGUUUGUUGUAAUGUGUGUUGAUGGUUUGACGGUAGUGGUGUGUGUGUUUUUGUGAGAGUUUAUAUUUGAAUGAAGUGAAGUAUUUCAGUAAAUUUUGUUGGCACCGUUGUGGUUUAGUGUCUGAGAAGUGAUGUGUUCUCAUUGGAGCUAGGAAUGCAUUGUGAGGGUUAAUAAUGAGUGUUUGGAGUAUGUAUGCACUUGAGUGUGUGUUGGUAAUUGUGAGAUUUUGUGGGAAGGUGGGUGGAUGAGUGUGAAUUGAUAAGGCGGGACAGCGAUAUACUGGUGUGCGUGAAAGUUUGUCUUUAUUUACAAACAAACCAAUAAGUAAUAUUGGUGAUGUGAUUGCGAUUAGUGUAGUUAGAGUUUCGAUUGUUAAAUGAGGUGUGGAUGUUUACAUGUUUGUCAGUGUAUCGGAUGGUGUUGUUGUUGGUGUUUGAGUAAGAACCCUUGUUGAUCCGUCCUGGAGAUGUCUAGUUUUCAGGAAGCCAACGACGAAGGGGAAAUGUUUUCUGGUCUCUUCGGUGAACCAGGAUUGUACUGGUUCUUACUUAGCACCAGGUAGAUGUGUUUAUUGUGAGUGUGACGAAUGAUGUCUAGUAUUGGUUUGUGUUGGGACGUGUGUUGAACUGUGUUGAUUGUUUAUAGCUUAGGGAUGACUUGUACUGUGAUGUUGGUCGUAUGUCUGUUGAUGAUCAGGUGGUUUUGUGUGUGUGUGUGUGUGUGGUGGUGGUGUAGUUGUUGUUAUUGAUCUGUUUGCCUGUUUGUGUUUGUAUGGUAGGGAAUAGUGUUGUUGGUUUUGUUGAUUUUGAAUAUGGUUGGACUGGGAUCAUUGGGUUGGGGUGUUUGUUUGUUAGUGUAGUUGACGACUCAUUUAUUCUGUGUUUGUAACUUUCAGUGUUUCACUUUGUUUGUCAAUGGUAUUGAUUAUUCUAUUGGCGUGUUUGUGUGUAUGUGUGUGUGUGUGUGGUGGGGUGUGUAGUUUGGUUAUAUUUGUGAGUGAUUGUGGGAGGUAUUUCUGAGAUGUGUUCUGUUGAGCGUGAGGCGUGCUGAUGAGCUUGUUGACAUGCUGAGGGAAUUAGGUGAGUGAUUGUAGUGAGAUGUGUGAUUUCUGUUCGAGCUGUUCGAGCUGGAUCGACUGAUGAUGUAUAGUGUGUUGUUCAGCUGGGAGACGGACGGUGUGUGUGGUGAUAGUGUAAGUGUGCGUGUAGAACGUUAAUGAGUAAAUUAGUUUAGUGUUGAAUUUGUGUGGUUUGAUGUGGGGUUACGGUUUGUGGUAAUCUCUGAGUAAUGAAAAUUCUGUUCAUAGUUUGUUGUAAUGUGUGUUGAUGGUUUGACGGUAGUGGUGUGUGUGUUUUUGUGAGAGUUUAUAUUUGAAUGAAGUGAAGUAUUUCAGUAAAUUUUGUUGGCACCGUUGUGGUUUAGUGUCUGAGAAGUGAUGUGUUCUCAUUGGAGCUAGGAAUGCAUUGUGAGGGUUAAUAAUGAGUGUUUGGAGUAUGUAUGCACUUGAGUGUGUGUUGGUAAUUGUGAGAUUUUGUGGGAAGGUGGGUGGAUGAGUGUGAAUUGAUAAGGCGGGACAGCGAUAUACUGGUGUGCGUGAAAGUUUGUCUUUAUUUACAAACAAACCAAUAAGUAAUAUUGGUGAUGUGAUUGCGAUUAGUGUAGUUAGAGUUUCGAUUGUUAAAUGAGGUGUGGAUGUUUACAUGUUUGUCAGUGUAUCGGAUGGUGUUGUUGUUGGUGUUUGAGUAAGAACCCUUGUUGAUCCGUCCUGGAGAUGUCUAGUUUUCAGGAAGCCAACGACGAAGGGGAAAUGUUUUCUGGUCUCUUCGGUGAACCAGGAUUGUACUGGUUCUUACUUAGCACCAGGUAGAUGUGUUUAUUGUGAGUGUGACGAAUGAUGUCUAGUAUUGGUUUGUGUUGGGACGUGUGUUGAACUGUGUUGAUUGUUUAUAGCUUAGGGAUGACUUGUACUGUGAUGUUGGUCGUAUGUCUGUUGAUGAUCAGGUGGUUUUGUGUGUGUGUGUGUGUGUGUGGUGGUGGUGUAGUUGUUGUUAUUGAUCUGUUUGCCUGUUUGUGUUUGUAUGGUAGGGAAUAGUGUUGUUGGUUUUGUUGAUUUUGAAUAUGGUUGGACUGGGAUCAUUGGGUUGGGGUGUUUGUUUGUUAGUGUAGUUGACGACUCAUUUAUUCUGUGUUUGUAACUUUCAGUGUUUCACUUUGUUUGUCAAUGGUAUUGAUUAUUCUAUUGGCGUGUUUGUGUGUAUGUGUGUGUGUGUGUGGUGGGGUGUGUAGUUUGGUUAUAUUUGUGAGUGAUUGUGGGAGGUAUUUCUGAGAUGUGUUCUGUUGAGCGUGAGGCGUGCUGAUGAGCUUGUUGACAUGCUGAGGGAAUUAGGUGAGUGAUUGUAGUGAGAUGUGUGAUUUCUGUUCGAGCUGUUCGAGCUGGAUCGACUGAUGAUGUAUAGUGUGUUGUUCAGCUGGGAGACGGACGGUGUGUGUGGUGAUAGUGUAAGUGUGCGUGUAGAACGUUAAUGAGUAAAUUAGUUUAGUGUUGAAUUUGUGUGGUUUGAUG